AUGUCGGGCGAAUAUCGACUGACAGGUCUAGCGCGUGCUUGCACGGCAUGCCAUAGACGAAAGGUUCGCUGUAAUCUCGACUUGACUAGGACAAUCUGCUCAAACUUUUCGCUGACUGGUUCUACCAGACCACGAACGAGGAAGCGUAAGCAUGGACAUACGGCACCAGCCCAAGAGCCUCAAGAGGGGCGCCGGGACAGUAUAGUACACACACACGCAGUACCAGUGGCAGAUUCGAGUUUACAGGCCUCACACUCUACUAAUCAAGAAGAUCAAGAAGAAGCACCUCUUUCAGCUCCGCCUGUUGAGGCAACGGAGUCGAAUUUGCUGUUGAAUGACAUUGAGCAGACGACUGAGGCAGAAGUCGUUGUCACAAGCCCGUCGCUAGGAGAAGUGCCAUGGAGCUCCGCAAAAGUCGACUUUGAGAAGUAUUUUUCGCACGAGUUCCCUGCCACUUCCAUACAAGCUCACCACAGCCGCCUUUCCGAGGUAGAUAUGAAGGUUCUCCGCCUAUACAACGCAUUCGAGGUUCCUUCGAGAGUCUGGAUGACAUCACUACUUGAAGACUGGAAGAACUAUGUCCACCCUUUGAUGCCCAUCGUUCAACCUCGCUGGCUCAUUGCGAGGGAGGGAUAUCAGGUUCCCAUCGUAUUGUUGAAAGCUGUCCUGCUGGCAGGAGCCCGUGCCACAGAUGCCUCGUCGUCAUUUCCUUGCAAGGAGUACUACGCCUCUCUUAAAACUCUCAUCUAUCUUCAGUACGAGAAGAACCCGAUGAUCAACAUCGUCGCUGCUUGUCUGCUUGGGUGGUAUAACCAAACAGAUACGUGGACAGUAGUGCAUGACUCUAGUCGUUCGUGGCUCCAUUUUGCCUCAGAUUUAGCCUACCAGAUCAGUUUGCACCAAGAGCUCAACGGCGAAACCCACGCAUCCUACAAGCGAAGGGUAUGGUGGACAUUGGUAGCAAGAGACUGUCAGGUUGCAUCCGGCACAGGCCGCCCACGGAUAUUCAACCUCAAAUAUUGCUCAAGGCGGCUAAUAUCCACCGAAGACUUUGAGCUUCACGACACAACUGCUCGACCAUUUGUUGCUUAUGUUAAGAUUUGCCUGAUCCUGGGCGAUCUUUGCGAGUCAUAUCAACAACGACAGUUCACACCCUCCGUGGGAACAGACAUUAGGAAUCGACUUUUUUGGUGGCUGAAAGAAUUGCCUUCCGAAAUGCAAUACUUCAGUACCAGGACCGCGGAAAAGGAAUCGGGGAACAAUUUCGUGGUGAGGCAGAUCUAUGCCAUCUAUCUCGCCACAGUCUCUCUGCUCUGUAAGACAGAGUUGCCUCGCGAAUCUGUGUCGCCGGUGGCCCUGAUCGCUUCAUCAUACAUGGUCUAUCUCAUGGAAGGCUUUCUUGCAAGGAACGAGUUUUCACGGCUUCCUGCGAUUACAAGCUUUUACAUACUGGCUGCGGCAAUCCCACACUUGAUUGCCCACAAGUACGAAGCCAUUCGCGAAAUCGUCCAUGGUAAUAUGCAGAUUUUUGAGAAAUCACUGGUUGCCAUGUCCAAACGAUGGCCUACGUCUAUAAGUGCUCUCAAACAGUAUCAGAUUCUCGGAGAAAAACACCUCAACAUUUCAGCUCCUCAAGGACUCCGAUCUAUUUCCAACGUGCAAGAUACGCUUUUGUUCGAAGGUUUCGACCGACAAAGAUGCAAUCUUUGGACCUCCAUAGUCGAAGCCGCGGUCGAUAACGGUUCGACCAUGGACAAACAAAGUAAUAGUUCCCAGCCUCCAGCAACGACUUAUACGAGGUCUUCUGCUCCUCCGAGCCCAGGUCAACAAUUCACUAUGGGCAUUCCAGCGAAUGAAGAUAUUCUAGACAUAGAGACUCUGGUACCCACGUCUUGGAGAGAUCCAACUUUUGGGAUUUCAGACACCAUGGGAGAUUGGCUCUGGCCAGAUGAAAUCUUCCAACCCUGUCCCAUGGACUACAUCGAGUAG